GACUGAAGCUGCUUUUAAGAAUUAUAUUUUCGAAUAAAUUUCAUUCGUAAAUAAAUAAUACUUUUGUAACCUUAGAAGUUAUUAGAAUGGCUGACAAAAAUGAAGAAGUGGAAGAACUUAAAAAGAGAAAUAUUGAACUAGCGAAGGCUUUGGAAGAGUCGAAAAUUGCGGUAGCGCAAAGAGACAGAGAAAAAUUGAAUCUCAUACGAGACCGAAACGAAUUAAAAUUAAAAUUGAACAGAAUUCGUAGUGGUGGUGCAGCUCAAAUAAGGCAACUGGAUGCAGCACUCCAAGCUGCGAUUCAGGAGACACUUACCCAUUUGGUGCAAGCAUCCAAUGCGGUAGCUAGGACUUUGGAAUUAGCUAAAACAUAUAUGCGUGAUAGACAAGAGCUGGACGCGUCAUCUCCGCGCUGGAGUACGCUGAGCGGGACUCCGGCUGCUGCUGAGAGGGAGAGGGUGAACAGGGUUCCCCCACUGCUGAUUGGUGGCCAAUCCAUCCAGCCAGUGGUUUCACUUAGCCGCACUUUGCUCAAUAGUAGCACUUCAUCUGCAAAUAGAAGCCCUAAUCAACAAAAUCGCAAUGUCACACAGCGACCGGUGCCAAUGCAUAUCUUACAAGAUGUAUACAUUCCAUUGACAAGGAUAGAUGCAGCAGAAUCGAUGGCUAAUCAAGAUGAGGAUGAGGCUAGUAAUAUAGAAAACAGUACUGAAGAUCUAGGCUUAGAAGACAGCGGUGAACAAGAAUUGGAGGAAUCACAGAAUGAUAAUGCUGCAUUUAUGAGUCCGCAAUUGUUGGAAACUGUAAAUGAAGAGGCGGAACCAGAGGGUGGUGAUGAGACACCAUCACCUGAAACUGCAAGUGGAAGUUGCUCAGAUAAUCCACUGGAGGGUCCGAGUUGGUUGCUCGAUGUUCAUCAUGAUACACAGACAAACAGGACUCAGAGCCACCUCACCCUGGAGCCGGACUCCACCACUGAAUUACAAGAGAUCGAGGGCAGCUUAUCCAUGUCUCUGAACAGGCAACAGAUGAAUGAGGUAUCGCCGGUAGUGGGGGGUGCUGGGGGUGCGUUCACCCCCACCGUGCGACGCCGCAAGCGCACCUCCUCCCCACACCAACCCCCCUCGCGCAGAAACAGCGAGUACUCAAAGUGGUAG